AAUCAGGUUCAGGAAAGAGAAGAAACCACACGCACGAUACGUGGUGGCUCAAAACGUAUUGCAAAAUUGUUUUCAAAAUUGUAAACAAAUAUUUUAGAGAAAGACACACGAUCGACUCUGUCGUGAUAUAACAUCGAAACGUAAAUUCUCGGUAUAUUCUCGGUUAAAGUCGUGUUUAGUUUGAACAAUCAUGAGAACGAACGCGAACACUCGCAUCAAUGGGACAAACGUCAUCCUGGUUCCGUAUCAAGAGAAGCAUGUUACAAAAUAUCACGAGUGGAUGAGGAGUCCGACACUGCAAUAUCUGACUGGUUCUGAACCGUUGACGCUGCGGGAAGAGUUUGACAUGCAAAAACGAUGGCUCGAAGAUGAAGACAAAUGUACUUUCAUCAUCCUGGAUAAAUACAUCUUCUUGUCCACUGGAAGUGAAACAGACGCGAUGAUAGGAGACACGAACUUGUUUUUUAACGAUCCUCAAGAGCCAAAGGUCGCCGAAAUUGAGAUUAUGAUCGCCGACGAAGCCAGCAGAGGCAAAAAGAGAGGCUGGGAGUCUGUUAUUCUCAUGAUAAAUUACGGCAUUGAGACAUUGAACAUUGACAAAUUUCGAGCCAAGAUCAAAUCGGACAACGCAAUGAGCAUAAAGAUGUUCGGGAAACUUGGUUUUCAAGAGGUGGAAAGAAGCGAAGUUUUUCAAGAAAUCACUUUUGAGAAAGAAGCAUCUUCCGACUGGAUAAACUGGCUGCGUACAGAAUUGCAAUCUGUUGCAUGUAAUUCAAAUUAAACUGUCAAAUUUAUACAAGAAAAGUGAGAGUCGUUGCAAUUUAUAUAAUUGUUAAAAAUAUUUUAAAAUAAUACGGGUAUGCAAAG